UGGCACUGCCAUCGAAUUAAAAACAAAAAAUAAACCAGUGUUUUUGAAUGUUAAUUUGAAUGUGAUUGAUGAUUUUUAAAUGCUUAAUUCGUUUGAGAACAGCAUGUUUAGUUGCACUUGAGUAACUAGAUAUUUCUUCAGGGUUUAUCUUCCCUGUAAAUAGAUCAUGAUUACUCGAAGUCGAAAAGCAGCGUUAAAUUCAGCCCGAACAACAUAUUCAUUCAAUUCUGAAAACAGUGUUGAAACCAGUCCAACGAGUAACUGUUCCUAUGGUUUCUCCAGAUCACCGAGGAGAUCAACGUCUACGGUUGUGAUCACUACGGAUCAAGAACUGGAAAAGACGGAUGAAGAAAUAAUCAAGGAUGUUGUUAAUUAUAUGGUAGAUACUGUUUCGAAUCGGAGCUCAACUCCAACUCCAGAGAUAUCAACUGUAGUAUCGAAAACAUUGGAUUAUGGUGGAUAUGUUUAUCCGAAUUACAAGGACAAUACUAGUCCAUUACUCAAUCGACUGUCCAUCUAUGAUAAAUUAACUGAUUUUGAUGGUAGCAUCACUGAAGCUUCCGAUGAUUCAGAAGUAGCUAAUCAAGUAGAAGCUAUCACUUGCGAAGUAGCUUUGGACGUUGAUUUGUCUGAAGUAGAUAGUGGACAAUGCCCGGUUUGCGGUUUAUAUGGUAGACUUGGUUUCGAGGGUCUUUUAGAUGAUAGAUUGGCUAAAGUGUGUUCAAAAAGGUGUGCAGAUAAGUUCAGAUUUAGCAGCAAAACAAUUAUUUGUGCCUCUUGUGGUAAAAGAAUAUCAUCUGAUUGUCAAGGAUAUUUACCUAAUUUUGGAUUUGAGAAGAAUGUUUUAUGCUCGGAAGAGUGUUUACUCAAAUUCGAGAAGAAAAAUGAACCCGUUCAAAAAUGCUUCAAUUGUAAGAAAGAUAUCAUUUCAAACGAGAAAAGUGCACCCGUCUUUUACUGGCAAACAAUGGAAUUUUGCAGUCCUGAAUGUAUAAAUAAUCUUCAGCAAUUUUGGGGAAAAAAGUGCGCCAAUUGUGGUAUUACUGUUCCCCAGCAAUCUCUUGGUAAAUAUUCUGUUAGAUUUGGGAAUGUGAUCAAACAAUUUUGCUAUGGUUCAUGUCUUGAGCAGUAUAAAAAAGUAAUUAAAGUCUGUGCAAACUGUCAGAUCAAUUUGUCAGGUUGUCUAUCGAUCUGUUCUUCUGUAACUGGAGGAUCUAAUAAGAGAAUUAGGGAAUUUUGUGAUCCAAUUUGUCGCUCGCAUUAUCUUCAAAUGGUAGCUCUACGAAAUUCAGCUAAUAGUAAUGAAGGCGCUUUUUCAGGAUCAACUUGCGCCUGUUGUCAAUGCUCUCGUAUAGUCGAAAAAAGCAGUUGCCUUGAUCUUAUUUUCAGAGGACGAAAGUUCAUGAUUUGCAGUACUUUUUGUCUCUCAGCAUUUAAAUUUUCAUUUGACGUGACUAAAAUUAUUUGUGAAAGCUGUUCCAAGUAUGGUUGGUCUUAUCGUCAAGUAAACAUACUGCAUUAUUCCGGUUUUACAAAGCUUUUUUGCUCUCGAAAAUGCCUCCAAAUGCAUGUGCUCAAAAUUCGUCGCAUUCAAUCCUGCUUAACAUGUAAUGUUAAAAAGUACAAUUUUGACCUCGUGGAAAAAUACGAUGCUGCCUCUGGGGACUCUAAACUCUUCUGUUCAACUUAUUGUUACUCAACUUUCGAACUGAAUGAAUCUCAAAAUAAAGGAAGGGAACCCAAAGCUUUUUGUGAUUGGUGCCGGAGACUUGCCCGAUUAUCUUAUCAUAUACCAUCUCCUGAGAAAACUGUCAGAAACUUUUGUUCAUACGUCUGUGUUCUAGGCCAUCAAACACAUUAUGAUACUUUAUUGAAUAGACAUGGUAUAGACAACUCAUCUCAACAAAGACCAAACCAUCCCAUUUCGAUUAACAAAAGUGAUUCACCAUUUAAACAUCCUGAAUCCAGUUACACUUUUCGACAUCUUUCUCAUAAUGUGAAUAAAGAGAGUCCCACUGGAGCUAGUUAUUUUGCUGAUAGGUCAAAGAGUUUUAAUAUGUUAUCAUCUUCACCUUUAACUUGUUUUUCAAAACCAUCCACAUCAACGUCAUUGACGUUUGAACCGCCAUCUCCAUCGACGUCCAAUAGUUUGCAGAUGCCUUAUUCCAUGAGGUCGAGAACAUUCAAAUCUCUUUUAAAACAUGACGAAACUACAUCACCAGAAUCAUCUUUAGCCUCAAAACUCACACCGACAGCAAUACCGACGUCGAUAUCAACAUCUACAUCUUCAUUAACAUCGACAUCGACAUCGACUCUGACACCGACCACAUCGUUCAAACCAUCAAUAUUAAAAACAUCACCUUCACUUUCAUCAACUUCUCAACCUGAACAUUCAAGCUUUAACUCUAUUGUAUCAUAUCUUUUAACUGGCGGCAAUAAUCUCUCUAAGAAAGACAAUGACAACAAAAAUUAUAGUCCAGAGAAACUUGGAAUGCCCUCUCGUUAUUUAAAUCAUGGAAGCACUGAAAAUCUAGUUACUAAAGGAUCCAAUCUUAGCCCCGGUGAUUCUGUGUCAGGUAAAAAUGUUGCAGAUAAGUCAACAAUGUGGUCACCACCAAAGCGAUCUAAAGCUACCCUUUGUCGACCUUUUAGAAAAGAUCGUCAAACACAGACAGAAUUAGAAAAUCAAAUUCCGUUAAAGACACAAAGCAAGCAUUUAUCGACCAGCAGGGAUGAAAACCCAGAAGCUUCAAUUAAAAACGAAUCUAAUAAAUUCAUACCAGUUCCAAUAUUUAUACCAUUUUUUGUUCCAAUUCCUGUACCAAUUCCUAUGGGAUCAGCAUCUUUGUUUCCUCUUCCAUUACCGACUCCAAUCCCUUUCGGCUUUCCGAUUGACUCACGAUUGACGAAGAAUAAAUCAAAUGAAGUUGACGAGACAAUUGUUGGUGAUCAAUUAGAGCUCGAAGACAGUGUCAUAACAACGACUAGUGAUGAUUCCAAAGACAUCUCCAAAAAGCAACCAAAGAGAUCUUUCAAUGAUGAACAUGAAAGCUCGGAUACAAUUAUUGAUGCUUCUGAUGAAUCACUAACUGAGCCUGAAAUUAUAAAUCCUAGUGACCGAAAAGAGCAUGAAGCUGUUAAACAAAAAAGAAACGCUCAAGAUUUUCCUGAAUUGAGUAGUUCUGCACAAGAUACUGCGGAUGAUAAUUAUUGUGAUGAUGAUGAUAAUUGUUCGAAUGCAUCGGAAAACAGUGUGAAAACAAAAAGACGAAGAGUGACCAUUACAACACAGGGUUAGAUUUAGAUCGUUAUGGAAAUGAAAUCGUUUGAAUCUAAGACUGAUUCUUGAUCUCUGUCAAUCUCUUAUCAAACAUCUUCACCUUUGCCAAACUAAAGUCAAGAUGAUCAACUCUAAAUUCAUGACAAAUGGAAACUUCAGGAAUUAUUUUCUCCAAAAAAGGAUAAUUCAUUUUCAACUUCAAUUAUCUGUUAUUCUUCUGCCAGGGAGCAUUAUUUCCCCAAAAAUACAACUCUAAUCAGAAUUCUCUUGAAUUAGUUGAAACAAAUUAAUUUUCUUGGUUGCUACUUCAUCAACAUUUAAUUUUAUUCAUACCAAAUAAGCAUAAAUCACAGCAUCUUAGUGAUGCAUCACUCAAUAUUGUUAAUACUAAAAGUUACUUGAAAUAACUUACAAUUGUCUCAUUUCGAUUGUGAUUGAAAAAUCAAUAAAGAUUGAAAUGUCCAAUGAAAAUCUCAACCUUUACCCUUGGUUGGACAUUUCAACUUUACCAAUUUUUUUCAUCGCCAUUCAGAUAAUUGAAAGUUCUGUAUAAUAAUUGUAACAGCUUUUAAUUCAUUUAUUUGGGCAAACCAAUGAUCCCGUUGUUAUUCCGAAAUGUUAUCCAAUCGAAUCAACUGGUCCAACGAGCUUGUCCAUUUUAAUCUUGGCUAAUACCUUUGAUUAAUUAUGAUUUUAAAUGGAUCUUUUGAUCAUCUCUCUCUCUUUCUCUGUUCUGUAAUUUACAAUUAUCUUUCUUUUUAAUUACUAAUUCCACCACAAUUUGUAAGAUGCUAAAUAAUGACUGACAUCAAUUUGCUCUCAGUUUUAUUACUGAUUAAAGGAGCAAGUGUUAAUAGUAUGUAAUCUUAAGCUCAUAACUUAUUGUUCAACCAAUAAAAAAUGCUAAAAUGAAUUUA